AUGGACUACUGCACGGAGCAAAGCUGGGAAUAUUUGAAGGCGGUGAAUCCCAGCAAAACUUACACCGAGCUCCUGCAAGAGUUCUGCGGUACAAAGACGGAGUUUAUGAAAAAGGUGAGGGCAAAGGCGGAGGAAAAGGACGGGGUUGUGCGUUCGGGGCGGGGCGCUGGAGGGAGCCACAGUGGCGGUGCGCUGCCGCCGUCGCCGGGUCCUGGCAGCGACGGGCACGCCGCCAGUCCCAAAGAAAAGGGCCAGCAGGCACCGGCAGGGGACAGCAGCGAGCAUGCGGGAGAAGACUCAGCUUUGGGGGCGCUGGGAGUCCCAAAGGGAGCAGAAACAUCAGAGCCGGAGGGAGGCUUAAAGUCGUCACGUCCACCGGGGCAAGAAGGUCCAGUGACGCCCCCACAGAAAGACAAUUUAACGCCAGUUGACGCCAAUGGAGGAAACAGAGCAAGGGAGGACGGGCAGCUGAAUAACGUGGCAGGCACUCCUGAUCCCAGCCAGCAGCAGCGUGAGGGAGAGACGCAGAGUGAACCGGGGGUAACACAAGCAACCAAAGAAGCAGCGACUUCGUUGACAGUCUCGAAAAAUGGACUUUUGCAAGGCACCAAAGGCGCCACGGAUUCCGAUGCUGCAGGGAACCCAGACAGCCAACAGGAGGUUGCUGCCGCAAGUGCAGCGGCGGGCACAGCAAAUAAGCCGGCAGCAACAGCGGAGUCCACCGCCACUGAUGCAAGGGACACCGCGACUACGACUGACGGUGGCAGCGGCAGCAGCCCCGCAGCGCAGCCGCAGCCGGAGAGUUCCGUGGCGGUAGCCGAAGCUGGAGACGCAGAACAAAAGGAGCAGUCCGCAGUGCCCACACUCAAGCAGGAAACGGAAACGAGCGGCGGCGGCGAAAGGCAGGCCGCUCAGCCGGCAGCGGGGGCGGCUGCUCAAGCGGCGACCACCACCAACUCGAGGAAUGCAACGAAGGCGGUGACCGGCGACAGCGACGGCAGCAGCGCCGCGGCCUCGCACUCCGCCUCCCCCCUUGCGCUGCUUCUUCCGCUUUUUGUGAGUGCGGCUGUCGCUGCGAUGGUGGUCGCGUGA